AUGGCGGGCGCUCUCCUGUCUCCCUCCGAGGCUGUUGCCCAUCUCGAAACUUACAAACGCUUAGAUGGCCUCUCCGUCAACGAUCUUAUGGACUCUCGCGUCCAUGGCGGUCUCACUUAUAAUGACUUCCUCAUGCUCCCUGGAAAGAUCGAUUUUCCUGCUUCCGAUGUGAUCACGGAGACUAGAAUCACUCGUAAUGUUAUUCUCAGAACCCCUUUUAUGAGUAGUCCUAUGGACACCGUUACCGAGACCGACAUGGCCAUCAGUCUCGCGCUGUUAGGUGGUAUUGGUGUCAUUCAUCACAACCAGUCCCCUGCUUCUCAAGCAGCUAUGAUUCGAGCUGUAAAGAGACACGAGAACGGUUUCAUUGCAGAUCCUGUCGUCUUCUCUCCAAAUCACACCGUUGCAGAUGUGCUUGACAUCAAGGCGCGUCUUGGAUUCUGCGGCAUCCCUAUUACAGGUACAACCGGAUCUUUGGGAGCUAAGCUUGUCGGUAUCGUCACCUCGCGCGACGUGCAGUUCGAGUCCUCUGAGACACCCCUCCAUGAGGUCAUGACGACGUCCCUUGUCACCGCAUCUCAGGGUGUUACACUCACUGAAGCCAAUCAAAUCCUCCGUGCCUCCAAAAAGGGGAAACUCCCCAUCGUCGAUGACCAGGGUCGUCUCACCUCCCUCCUCGCACGCUCUGACCUCCUCAAAAACCAAAAUUACCCACUAGCUAGCAAGGACCCCCACAGCAAGCAGCUAUAUGCUGCCGCGGCUGUCGGCACGCGACCUAGCGACAAAGAUCGCCUCAAGCUCCUCGUCGAGGCUGGCCUUGAUAUCGUCAUCCUUGACUCAUCGCAGGGUAACUCCUUGUUCCAGAUUGACAUGAUACACUGGAUCAAGCAAACCUUCCCCAAACUCGAGGUCAUCGCAGGAAACGUUGGAGCAGAUGCCCUCCGCGUCGGCAUGGGUAGUGGCUCCAUCUGUAUCACGCAGGAGGUUAUGGCUGUCGGUCGUCCACAGGCCACUGCCGUGUUCGCUGUUGCCGAGUUUGCAUCCAAGUUUGGCGUUCCUGUGAUUGCAGACGGUGGAAUUGGUAACGCACUUGCCCUUGGUGCGAGCGCUGUGAUGAUGGGAGGGCUUCUUGCGGGUACCACAGAGGCGCCGGGGGAGUACUUUUAUCACGAUGGAAAGCGAGUGAAGUCCUACAGAGGCAUGGGUAGUCUUGAGGCUAUGGAGCAGGGUAAACCAGGCCCGUCAGGUGGCUCCAAGAAGCACGCGUCAGAGCCCUCGAGCAAGCCACACGAGAACGCCGCCACGACGCGCUAUUUCUCCGAGUCGUCCGUGGUCAAGGUUGCACAAGGCGUAUCGGGUGACGUCCAGGAUAAGGGCAGCGUCAAGGCGUUCAUCCCAUACCUAUAUGUUGGCGUGCAGCACAGUCUUCAGGACAUCGGCGUGCGCAGUGUUGCGGAGCUGCAAGACGGUGUGAAGGAGGGUCGUGUCAGGUUUGAGAUGAGGACGGCGAGCGCACAAGUGGAGGGAGGUGUUCAUGGCUUGCAUUCAUAUACCAAAAGAUUAUAUGCUUGA